AUGGACAAGAGAGCGUUUGAUCAAUUAGACGCCGAGCCCACGUCGACGCCGAUCUCCGAGACGCCCUCCAAGCGGGCGACGCCAGACCCGGGUGCGGGAGGCGGAGCGAACGGGGGUUCCUCGAAGGUGCCAGCACACGUUCUGCAGCGGCGUCGCGAAGGUCGGCUGAGGGCAAUGGAGAAGCUGCAAUCGCGGCUCGACGAGCUGGGAAUCAAGCGGGUCGACCAGGACAACGCGCUCAAGUUCAGCACGAUCCCGGUGAUCCAGGCCAUCAACCAGAAAAACUACUACACCGACUACCUCAAGAAGGACGAGCAAAUCAUGAUGAUCCGCGAGAUGCGGCAGCGGCUGUUGCAGGCGCGGCUGGCUAAGAAACAGGCAGAGCUCGAGAAGAAGCAGGAGUCCCAGAACAUGGUCAACAAGAUCAGCUCGCACGGGUUCGACUUUGACGACAACGAGGAUGAGGACGACGACGAGGACGAUGCCAAGAUGGGGUCCAAGAUUGUGGUCUUGCAGCCCGGGUCGGCCAAUGUGCGUGUGGGGCUGUCCAGUGACGUGGACCCGUUGGUGAUACCCAACCUGGUGGCCCACAGACGGCCUGCUGGUGCGGCCCCCACCGAGACCAGUGUGGAUCCGCUGCGCACUGUUGACCAGGAGUCAGACAUCCAUCUCACGGACGAGAGAUUCGCCGAGGCCAAGCGCACGGUGACGGCCAGUUUCAAAGAGCGCAUGAAGUUCUACAAAAGACGCAUUCUGCCGAACUCCAACGAGCAGUGCUACAAUUACAACAAGAGAGUGCAGCCGGAGUCGAUUCCAGAUCUGGACGACGUGCACAAGCUCGACUAUUUCGACAAGGUGCGCGAGGACUACGUGACGGGCUCGGACGUGUACCGGAUCAAGGAUCUCGAGAACUGGGACAUUAGAAGCCCGUUCCUGAGCGGAAAGCUCAACGACAAGGACCCAACGUACAGGUCGGAGCAGGAGCUCCAGGGCGACAUUGAGCUGUUGCUGUGGGACGCUUUGAAGCGGUUCAACAUCUUCAGCAAGAAGACGCUGAACACUUACAAUUGCGUGCUUGUUGUGCCGAAUCUGUACGACAAGGCGUACUGCGAAAAAUUAACCGGCUACCUGUUUAAGCUUGGAUUUGGCCAGGUUGCGGUGAUCCAAGAAGGGCUUGCGGCGACUUUUGGUUCCGGAGUGAGCUCUGCGUGUGUUAUCGACAUUGGCGCGUCGUCCACCAAGAUCUGCUGCAUCGAGGAAGGGUACAUUUUCCCCGACUCUGUGAUUGAGCUAUCGUACGGAUCCAACGACAUCACCCGGGCGCUGAUCAAGAACCUGAUUGGACAGCAGUUCCCGUACCGUGAGAUCAACCUCAACAACCUUCGGGACUGGGCGCUGGCCACGCAGCUGAAAGAGAACAUUGUCACGUUCAACGACGCCAACGUUGCUGUGCAGAUCUUCAAGUUUGUGAACCGGCAGCCGGGCAAGCUGAGCGAGAAGUACGAGUUCAAGGCGUUUGACGACGUGAUGAUCUCGCCGCUUGGCCUGUUCUACCCGGAGCUGUUCACAGAGGCUGGAGAGCCGCGCAAGGAGAGCACUUUACUGGGCAAGCUUUCUCCAAACAAGCAGCUGGUUCCUGGGCUUCUUGCUGUGGACCCGGCCAAGAGCGUUGCGCAGAAGAACCAGACGGAGCAUGUGUUGAUCUCCGAGAUGGGCACCAAGGAGGUGGUGGAACAGCUUGCGCGCACGUCCGAGGAAGGAGACUCGCAGGUGGACGCGAAGCAGACACAGGUGUCGCAGACCAACGACUACCGCGUGAACAUGACGCCGCUGGACAAGGCGAUCAUCGAGUCGAUCACGUACGCGGGCCACGGCGACCAGCAGCGCAUCGAGAAGCUGUACCAGAACCUGCUUGUUGUCGGGGGUGGGUCCAACAUCGAGGGCCUGGACACGAUACUACAGGACCGGCUGCACCUGAACCGGACGCCGCUAUUGGCGUCGAACAAGCUGGCAGAGAUCACGAAGCUGGCACAGCAGUGGAAGGACAAGGACAAGGACAAGGAGCUGACUGCGCAGCAGAUCGAGGACCUCAACAACAUGGUGGCAGGUGGGGGUGUGACCACGAUCGAGGUGAUUGCAAACGACGAGAACCUGGACCCGUCGAUGCUGGUGUGGAAGGGCGCGGCUGUUUUUGCGCGGCUGAAGAUCGUAGAGGAGCUGUGGAUCGGCGAGAAGUACUGGGACAUAUUUGGCGGGCGCACGCUCAGCUACACGACUCUGUUCAACUACUAG